AUGUGGGAGAACGCAUGUGGCAUCACCUUCAACCACCAUGCCCUUUUGCUCAACCAGACCCUUUUGGAUAGCCACCUCUUGAAGCCAAUUAGUGGCUACAUCCAUGACUGGAUGCACACCAUGGCUUCCCAAGGGGUGAUCCAAAGGUCCAUUUGGCUGCUGCUUUCCCAGCUGGACAUGUGGGACCAGCUGGAGCCAUUUCUCCAGUUGUGGACUUUGCCAAAAGCCAUGGCCAAAGCAGGAAACUUGCAUGAUUUGUUCCAGACCAAGAGGGCCAAAUUUUACAAGGAAAAUUCCAAGUUCAAAUGCGCAGCAUCAGAAGCCAUUGGCCUCUCCACCAUGCUGGCAUACCUGGUAAACACCAUUUGUGCGCCAGCUGCUGCCCAUUUGGACCAAUGCCACAGCUUUUUGGCCAUGGUGGAAGCCUUGGAAACACUGCAAGCCACCCAGCUUGGCCAAGUGCAGCCACCCAGGUUGCAGCAAGCCAUUGAAAAGGCCUUGGACUUCUUCAAAGAUUGCAAUGGCGAAGCCAUGAUGCUGAGGAAGCAUCACUGGAUGCUCCAUUUGGCAACCCAUUUGCAAGUAUGGGGCUUUCUUCCCAACUGUUUCAGCCUUGAAAGAAAGCACAAAACCACCAUGAAGUUUGGCAACCAGACCAAGAAGUUGACAGGAUUCAGCUUCAGCCUGCUGGAGGAAUGCCUAGCCCAUGACUUGUACAACUUGCAGCAUUCAGACAACUUGGAAGCAGGGGUGCAAUUGUUGAACAAGCAUGAUCAGCUGCAGCUGAUAGAAACUUCUGCCAUCCUUUGCCCUCUCAUUUAUGCAGAGGAAGAAAGAGCCACCAGGGUUCUCAUUCCAUGCCUACAGACCAUCCAAAGACUAGAUGCCAUUGAUGAAGGAAAAUCAAUGCUUCCCAGGAAGCUUCACAAAUCUCAUGUUUUCACUGUGUGCUUUCCAAAGCCCAGCACCUUGUGCUUUCCAACCACCAGCAUUGAUGGGCACAGCAUUGCAGUGCCAAUGGGUGCCCAUCAUGGAUAUGGUGCAACAAAAUCAAUGCAAGAGCCACCUGCACCCAGCGUGGCAGACCAUGGAUUCGAUCCUUCAUGGAUAUUGGCCCACAUUUUUGUGGGGAAUGGCCUCCACCUGCAGACCACCAUGAGCAAGGAGGCAAUGACCAAGCACCAGACCAAGGGCACCAUGACCAAGGGCACCACCACCAAUGGAAUUGGUGACCAUGCCAUGGACAAGGACCAUGCAGUACCAGUAUGA